AUGUGGUCCUUUUUCUUCCCUUCCUUCGUCGUUGAAGUCCUUUUUGGAUUCCCAUCGGCGGUCACCAUGGCAGCCCUGAGGCCCCUCACCAAACCCAAGAUUGUCAAGAAGAGGACAAAAAAGUUUAUUCGUCACCAAUCUGAUCGAUAUGUCAAGAUUGCAAAAAACUGGCGCAAACCCAGAGGUAUUGACAACAGGGUGCGAAGGCGAUUCAAGGGACAGAUGUUGAUGCCCAACAUUGGUUAUGGAAGCAACAAGAAGACCAAGUACAUGCUGCCCACUGGUUUCAAGAAGUUCCUGGUCCACAACAUCAAGGAGCUCGAAGUUCUCAUGAUGAGCAACAAGACUCACUGCGCCGAGAUCGCCCACAACGUUUCCUCCAAGAACAGGAAGCUGAUCGUGGAGCGGGCUGCUCAGCUGGCCAUCAAGGUCACAAACCCCAACGCCAGACUCAGGAGCGAGGAGAACGAAUAA